AUGACCGACGCCGACCUUCUCGACGUUCUGAUCGUCGGCUCCGGCAGCGCCGGCCUGACUGCGGCGCUGUGGCUGACCAUCUACAACACGACGCACCCGCGGCAACAGAUCAAGUUCAAGAUCCUCGAGCGACGCGGGGGGCCUAUGGCCAUCGGGCAGGCAGACGGGAUCCAGUGCCGCACGGUCGAGAUCUUCGAGACUCUGGACCUAUCCGAGGAUCUGCUCCGCGAGGCCUAUCACGUCCUUGAAGUCGCCUUCUGGAGCCCCGACGGUCACGGCGGGAUUAGCCGGAGUAAUCGUGCCGCCGACACGGUCAAGGGCCUCAGCCACAUGCCGCACUUGAUCCUCAACCAGGCCCGUGUCAAUGGCUUGCUGCUGGAGAAGAUGAGAAAGCUUGGCGCCGGGAGGGGCGAGGAAGUCAGUUACGGCUGGACGGUGAAGAGCGUGAGUCUGGACGAGGAGUUGGCUGAGAUGCACGCGGCGAGUUAUCCGUGCACGGUUGUGGCGGUGAGGGAGGAGGAUGAGAAGGAGGAAAUUUUCAGGGCAAAGUACGUCCUGGGCUGUGACGGUGCACACAGCGUUGUGCGCAAAUCGCUGGGCUACAAGAUGGUCGGAGACACCACCGACGCGGUCUGGGGAGUAAUGGACAUCUAUCCCCGAACCAACUUCCCCGACAUCCGCCGCAAAGUCACCGUCCACUCAGACACUGGCUCCCUCCUCGUCAUCCCUCGAGAAGGCGGUUGCCUGACCCGCUUCUACAUCGAAUUCCCCACAGGCACAAACGUCAAGGAAAUCAAACUCGAAGACCUGCACAAGAAGGCUCAGCAGAUCUUCCAUCCGUACAAGAUGGACUUCGCAGACACGUACUGGUGGUCGUGCUAUUCAAUCGGCCAACGUCUCGCGGAUCACUUUACCAAAGCCAACCGGGUAUUUUUGACCGGCGACGCGUUCCACACGCACUCCCCCAAGGCCGGACAGGGAAUGAACGUCAGUCUGCAAGACGGCUUCAACAUCGGCUGGAAACUCGGCCACGUCUUGACGGGUCAGGCGACUCCGGAGUUGUUGAAGACGUACAGCGUCGAGCGCGGUAAGACGGCCGCGGAUCUCAUCGACUUUGACCGGUACUUUAUGAAGCUAUUUGCGAGCAACAAGGCAAACAACGAGAAGAAGAUCACCCCGGAAGAAUUCCGCGAGGGCUUCAUCAAGUCCGGACGGUACACUGCCGGCUUGACUUCCAAAUACGAGGAUUCCAGCGUGACUUGCAGCGCAGGCAGCACGCAGGAGUUGGCAAAGGAGAUUGUGGUCGGCAUGAGGUUCCCCAGCGCGCAGGUCGUGCGAUUCUGCGAUGUCAAAGCCAUGCAACUCGCUCGGGCCCUGAAGGCAGACGGUCGGUGGCGCGUGAUCUUCUUCGCAGGCCGGAUCGAAGACCCAAAUCUGCUGACGAGGCUGAACCAGAUCGCAAAAUACAUGGAAUCUCCAAGCGGUCCCGGGCGGAAAUACACUCCUGUGUCGGCAGACAUUGACAGUUUCAUUGAGCCCAUCGUCGUACUCACCGGCAAUCGCAUGGACCUCGAGCAGGAGCAAAUCCCGGAUUAUUUCUGGCCUGUCACAGGAAAGUGGAAGAUGAGAGAUCUGCACAAAGUAUUCGUUGACGAUGAGCAUUAUAACUCGGGCCAUGGCCAUGCUUAUGAGAAGUAUGGCAUUGAUCCCGACAAAGGGGCUACUGUGAUCGUGCGCCCUGACCAAUAUGUGUCGAAAGUGAUUCCCAUCGAUGAUGUGCAAGGAAUCGAUCAAUUAUUCGAGGGAUUCUGUGUCUCGAAAGAGCUGAAUGGCCAUCUGUAA